ACCCAUAAACAUAGAGAGGGGGGGAGAGAAUGAGAGGUAGACAAUUAGAGAGAGAGAGAGAGAGAGAGAGAGAGAACCCAUAAACCCAAAGAAAAAGGAAAAAAAGGUGUGAGCUUGAGCUUUGUUCAAUACAGUAAUUGAAUAUUUGUGUUGAGAGAGAGAGAGAGAGACGGAGAGAUUUUUUUUUAGAGAUUAUGGAUCCAAAACCAAAAUCCCAGAGAGAGAAUCAAAGGUAGACAAUUAGAGAGAGAGCCCAAAGAAAAGCAAAAAAAGGGGUGAGCUUGAGCUUUGUUCAAUACAGGAAUUCAAAGAGGAAGAUUUGGUUUUAGAGAGAGAAACUGAGUGAUACAGUUAUGAAUCCAUUCCGGGGUAGUUAAACUUUGUGGGUUGUUUUUUGGAGCUUCAUUUGGGUUCCAUAUCAAUGGAUUCACCACCACCAGCAGAGGAGCUUCUGAAGAAGAUCGAAAAGCUCGAAGUCGGCCACGCUCACCUCACACAAGAGAUGUCAAAACUAAUGAUUUCAAGCGAUCGCAAAUCGGACCCACAAAAUGAACGACAACCCAUUGAUGGAGAUGCUGGUGGGGGCCACCAGAGGUCCCACUCGGUGUCGCCGCAACGGUCGGCGGCGCCGCCGAGACGGAGAGGAGGCGGCGGCGGCGGAGGGUUCGAUGGUGGUGCUGCGGCGGUGAGGAAGAGGGGUUCGGCGUCGGUUCGGCAUUCGUCGCCGUUGCAGAGGGAGAACAGGAGCGGUGGGGGUGGCGGUGGCACAUUUAACCCGGCGGCCUCCUCCGCCGGCGGCGGUGGUGGGCGGACGGCAGUCAAGUUUACCGAUAGGCAGUGUAUGAAUAUAUUGCAGUCCAUGGGUCAGUCAGUUCAUAUAUUUGAUCUUAACGGUCGCAUAAUCUACUGGAAUCGAGCUGCAGAACACCUUUAUGGUUAUUCUGCAACAGAAGCUCUCGGUCAGGAUGCCAUUGAGCUCCUAACAUAUGCCCAAGAUUUCGACGUGGCUAAUAACAUAGUACAACGCGUGGCAAUGGGGGAGAGCUGGACGGGGCAAUUUCCUGUUAAGAACAAGAAGGGGGAUAGGUUUCUAAUUGUUACAACCAACACCCCCUUUCAUGAUGAUGAUGGCACGUUCAUUGGGAUUAUUUGUGUAUCAAGUGAUGCACGCCUCUUUCAAGACACGAGGGCUGCAUUGUCGGGUAAAACACAUUCGGAGGCAGAUUCAAGCUUUAAAAGCAUUGCUUCAGCCAAACUUGGCCUUGAUCCUCAGCAACCUCUCCAAGUUGCAAUUGCAUCGAAAAUAUCAAAUUUGGCUUUCAAGGUGGGCAACAAGGUUAAGUCAAAAAUGAGGACUGGAGAGAACAGCACAGAUCGUGAAGGUCGGAGUGGAGAUAGUCAUCAUUCCGAUCAUGGUUUCUCGGAUGUGGCUUUUUCCGAUCAUAGGGAGGAUGCAACUUCAAGUGGAGCUAGCACGCCCAGAGAAGAUGUAAUGCAAUCUCCAUUUGGGGUAUUUUCUCAAGUUUCACCGGACGAGUACUCCCCAGGAAAACCCUCGAGGGAUUCUGGUGAUGAGAGUGAAGGAGGAAAACCCAGAAUCCAUAAAAUCAUUUCCUCAAAGGCAGAGGCAUGGAUUGGUAAGAAAGGAAUAGCAUGGCCGUGGAAAGGAAAUGAGCGUGAAGGGUCUGAGGCAAAGACAACUCGUUUUGCUUGGCCUUGGUUGCACGAUGAUCAUGAGAAUGACUUGGGUCAUCAGAAGAGUUCUUUUUCAGGUGUGGAACCAGAAAGUCAAGUGGCUGAGAAUAUUCGCCCAACCAAUAAUGAGGCUUCCGGGUCAUGGUCAUCCUCAUUUAAUGUUAACAGCACAAGUAGCGCAAGUAGCUGUGGAAGUACUAAUAGUAGUGCUGUUAAUAAAGUUGAUAUGGACACUGAUUGCUUGGAUUAUGAAAUCUCGUGGGAGGACUUGACAAUCGGGGAGCAAAUUGGGCAAGGUUCUUGUGGAACUGUAUAUCAUGCUCUGUGGUUUGGAUCGGAUGUUGCUGUCAAGGUUUUCUCGAAGCAAGAAUAUUCAGAUGAUGUGAUAUUUUCCUUCAGACAAGAGGUAUCUCUCAUGAAAAGGCUUAGACAUCCGAAUGUUCUACUCUUUAUGGGUGCAGUAACUUUACCUCAGCGUCUCUGUAUUGUUACAGAGUUCCUACCACGUGGAAGCUUGUUUCGAUUAUUACAAAGGAAUACAGCCAAAUUAGAUUGGAGACGACGUGUUCACAUGGCUUUGGAUAUAGCACGAGGCAUGAAUUAUCUUCAUCAUUUCUCGCCACCCAUUAUUCAUCGUGAUUUGAAGUCUUCAAACCUACUAGUCGAUAAGAACUGGACUGUGAAGGUUGGUGAUUUUGGUCUGUCGCGGCUCAAACAUGAAACAUACCUUACUACAAAAACAGGGAAAGGAACGCCUCAAUGGAUGGCACCAGAGGUUCUUCGUAAUGAACCCUCAGACGAAAAGUCUGAUAUAUACAGCUAUGGAGUGAUAUUAUGGGAACUAGCCACUGAGAAGAUCCCUUGGGAUAAUCUCAAUGCGAUGCAGGUGAUUGGAGCUGUAGGGUUCAUGAACCAACAAUUAGAGAUCCCCAAAGACGUGGAUCCACAAUGGACCUCUAUAAUUGAGAGCUGUUGGCACAGCGAGCCACAGUUGCGACCGUCAUUCCAUGAAUUGAUGGAAAAGCUAAAGGAUCUGCAGAAACACUACGCCGUUCAAAUUCAGGCCACCCGUUCUGCUGCAGGAGAUAGGCAAAAGGAAUUGUAGGAUGCUGGGGCUCGAGUUUGACUUGUGUUGCUGGCUGGUAGUUGAAUUGUGUCUAGUUCUGUUGGUGUUGUUAGUUCAUGUUAUAGAGAUAAUUUGUCAUUCACCUCAGUGGUAUUUCAUGCCAUUGAGACCAUUUUGUUAUUCAUUUGUGCUCUUUAGGAGAACUAUGAGUUGAGAACAGGGAAGAACAUUUGUACAUACACCACACCAUUUGCCAUAUUGUGCUGUAAAAUUUUUUGAAACAUUUUCUCAA